AUGGUAUCUGACAGUCCAACGGAGAGAAAGCGAGACAAGCUCAAGACCAUCAUCAAGAAAGCCGCCAAGCGAGUUCACGUCUUCAAGAAGCCUAAGAAGGGUCAGACCAAUCCGAACGAGUCAUUCAAUGAGCGCACGCUUAGUUCGAGGUACGAGGAGAUGCCGCCAUACGCUGCACCGUCCACGAUCAAGCGGGAGGAGCGAGGCGGUAUGCGGGAUGAGGCGCCGGGCCAUGCAAAGCUGAGGAAGAAGAAGCGGCCAGUUGAUCUCUCGGAGGAGGGAAAGCACACACUCAACGAUUUAAAAACUUUUGGUUGUAGAGCGAUGAAGGGAGGAAUGGACAUGCAUACCUUGAAGCUAUUCAGUUGGAGGGAGAUGGAGAAGAUUGGGAGACGAUGGUGCAUCGCAAGUCCAUAA